AUGCUGGAAACGAAGCUGGACAUUGAGACCAUGGAGGAGACCACGGACGAUGUUGCAACCUCACUGCUAACAGACGAAACAGAAGACACAAAGCUUGAUGGCAUGAUCGAAGUAACAACUGAAGAAACAACCGAGGAGCUCGGGAGAGAGCUGGUCAGUGAUUCGAUAGAUGAUACAGACGAAAUUGGUGCAGUGGAACUGAAAGACGACAUCGAUGAGAAGAUGCUUGAGACCAAGGUGCUUGAUGGCACCGUCUGGCUUGAAACAAGGCUUGAGCUGACCAUGGACGUUGAUUCAAGGCUGGAGCUUGAUACAAGACUGGAGCUGGGCACAAGAGUGGAGCUGACGAACGAGCUGGAUUCCACAGAUGAGCUUGAGACCAGUGAGCUUGAUACAAUGCUGGAACUUGAGACCAUAGAGCUAGAGACCAUGCUUGAGCUUGAUUCAACGCUGGAGCUGACCAAGGAGCUUGAUGGCAUUGUGCUGGUAGCGAACGAGCUGGAAACCAACGAAGUGAAUACCAUGCUGGAGCUAGACACAAGGCUAGAGCUGACAAGGGAGCUUGAUUCAACGCUGGAACUUGAGACGAUGCUAGAAACCAAGAAGCUAUAG